GAACCCUUGCCGUUACCGACAAAUCCCCCACAGCUCCAGAUUCAUCCGAAUCCCUCUCCCUCUCCCUCUCGCCGCCGCCGCCGCCGGCGGAAGCCCGUCGCGACCCCGAGCCGCGGAUCCCGGAGCUCCGCGGCCGCACCCCCCCCCUCCCCAGGCGACCAUGGAGGGGGAAAUAGACGCGACGAUGACUACCCUGGGGCCGGAGGACGACACGGCGCAGGGGCUGAUCCUGCCGAACCGGGAUAGGGUCAUGUACCGGCCUCCGCCGGGGAAGUCCGCCCUAGGUUUGGACCUCCUUGCACACAGGAAACGCGAAGCAGGAGGAAACAAUGCUUUCAAGCUGCCUCCUCAGAAGGUAGUGGCAGCAGCUACUUCCAUCGAUGAAGACGAGAAGCCGGGACUGGCGGAGAGUGAUGGGAAGAGCCUGGCCAGUGGCAGUGUUUCUCGCCGCUAUCGAGGAACUAACUCUGAUGAGAGAUCAUCUUUUAAAGAACCUACCAUCACUGACGAGGAUGGAAGGGGUCCUUCACCCAGCCAUCGAGAUGGAUCCUAUCGACAAGAUACCUACAAAUCUAGAAGUUCUCAAGGCUCCCAUUCACGCAGCACCCCUCGUAGAUAUGGUGACUAUGAUGAUAGAGGAUCCUGUGACAAACGUGGAGAACGGGAGAGAUCUGCAUCAUUUGGCUAUAGUAGCAGUGGAAGGCGGGGAUACCAUGAUGAUAGAGAAUCACAUAAUAGACAUGAUGAACGCGAGAGAUCUACAUCAGUUGACUACAUGAACAAGCGAAGUCGGCAUGAACAUAGCUCAAGAAGCUCGAGAACACCAGCAAGAUCUGAUUGGGACAAUGGCCGAUGGGAAUGGGAAGAUACACCUCGUCGGGAGUACCGCGAUGAUCGCUCAAAUUCCCAUAGACAACAUCCAUCACCAUCUCCUUUGCUUGCAGCUGCAUCCCCUGAUGCACGGUUAGUGUCUCCUUGGCUAGGCGGGAAUACGCCACGUUAUGCAGCAUCCCCGUGGGAUCAUGUAUCUCCAUCACCUGCACCAAUACGCGCUUCUGGUUCCUCAAAAGGGUCUUCUUAUCCACGUUCUGGUGGAAGGUCCCACCAGCUUACUUUUUCGUCUACAUCUGCAUCAAAUGGCAUGGAUGCUGAUAGAAGCCCCUCAGCUGCUGAUGGGGAUCAUGAGAUUACUGAAGAAAUGAUGCAGGAGAUGGAUUAUAAUGCUGAUCGUGCAUGGUAUGAUUGUGAAGAACACAACACCAUGUUUGAUGGUGAUAACUCAAUGUAUCUUGAAGAUGAUAGUUCCUACAAAAAGAGGGAAGCACAAUUACCAAAGCGGCUGACUCGUAAAGAUGGCAGCCUGAUGACCCUUGCCCAGAGCAAGAAGUUAUCACAGAUGACUGCUGAUAAUGCUCAAUGGGAGGAUAGACAAUUGUUGAGAUCUGGGGCUGUCAGAGGAACAGAGGUGCAGACAGAGUUUGAUGAUGAGGAGGAAAGGAAAGUAAUACUUCUUGUUCAUGACACAAAACCCCCAUUCCUCGAUGGACGAGUUGUAUUCACAAAGCAAGCAGAACCUGUAAUGCCACUGAAGGAUCCAACAUCCGAUAUGGCUAUUGUUGCACGCAAAGGUUCUGCUUUGGUCAGGGAAAUUCGUGAAAAACAGAGCAUGAAUAAGUCACGCCAACGCUUUUGGGAGCUUGCUGGAUCUAAGCUUGGAAAUAUUUUGGGUGUUGAGAAAACAGCUGAACAGGUUGAUGCAGAUACUGCUACUGUUGGUGACCAAGGUGAGAUAGAUUUUAAAGAGGAAGCGAAGUUCUCACAGCACAUGAAAGUAAAAGCAGAAGCUGUUAGUGACUUCGCGAAAUCAAAAUCUCUUGCUCAACAAAGGCAAUAUCUUCCAAUAUUUACUGUACGGGAUGACUUGCUGCAGGUUGUGCGUGAAAAUCAAGUAGUAGUGGUGGUUGGUGAAACUGGCUCUGGGAAGACUACCCAGCUGACUCAGUAUCUGCAUGAGGAUGGAUAUACCACCACUGGAGUUGUUGGCUGUACUCAACCUAGACGUGUGGCUGCCAUGAGUGUUGCUAAAAGAGUUAGUGAAGAAAUGGAGACUGAGUUGGGAGAUAGAGUUGGAUAUGCUAUUCGAUUUGAGGACAUGACUAGUGCCAACACUAUAAUAAAGUAUAUGACAGAUGGAGUGCUGCUUCGGGAAACCUUGAAAGACGCUGACCUUGACAAAUAUCGUGUUAUUGUCAUGGAUGAAGCACAUGAGAGAUCACUCAAUACUGAUGUUUUGUUCGGUAUACUGAAGAAGGUUGUUGCACGUCGACGAGAUUUUAAGCUAAUUGUCACAUCUGCAACCCUAAAUGCGGACAAAUUCUCAAAAUUUUUUGGAGGUGUGCCUGUCUUCCAUAUUCCUGGUCGGACAUUUCCUGUAAAUAUCAUGUUCAGCAAAACACCAUGUGAAGACUAUGUGGAAGCGGCAGUGAAGCAGGCUAUGACAAUCCACAUAACCAGUGGCCCUGGGGAUAUACUUAUAUUUAUGACAGGGCAGGAGGAAAUCGAGGCUACAUGCUAUGCACUUGCUGAGCGCAUGGAGCAGCUGAUAUCAUCAUCCACCAAGAGUGUACCCAAGCUCUCCAUCUUGCCCAUCUACUCGCAGUUGCCUGCUGACCUGCAGGCUAAAAUCUUCCAGAAGGCAGAAGAGGGAACUCGCAAAUGCAUUGUUGCUACUAACAUUGCUGAGACCUCGCUCACUGUGGAUGGUAUCUUUUAUGUCAUUGAUACUGGGUAUGGAAAGAUGAAGGUAUACAAUCCACGGAUGGGUAUGGAUGCCCUUCAGGUUUUUCCAGUUAGUCGAGCAGCUGCAGAUCAGCGUGCAGGACGUGCAGGACGAACUGGUCCUGGCACAUGCUACAGACUGUUUACAGAAUCAGCUUACCAGAACGAGAUGCUGCCUAACCCAGUGCCUGAGAUUCAAAGGACCAACCUGGGGAAUGUGGUUCUCUUACUGAAAUCCCUCAAAGUCGAAAACUUGCUGGAUUUUGAUUUUAUGGACCCACCCCCGCAGGAGAACAUCCUUAACUCCAUGUACCAGCUCUGGGUGUUGGGUGCCUUGAACAAUGUCGGUGCUCUUACAGGAAUAGGUUGGAAGAUGGUUGAGUUCCCAUUGGACCCGACUCUUGCAAAGAUGCUUCUGAUGGGGGAACAGCUGGAGUGCCUUGAUGAAGUACUGACCAUUGUGUCCAUGCUCUCGGUGCCCUCAGUCUUCUUUCGGCCAAAAGAUCGAGUAGAGGAGAGCGAUGCAGCAAGGGAGAAAUUUUUUGUUCCAGAAUCUGAUCACUUAACUCUUUUGAAUGUCUACCUCCAAUGGAAAUCAAACCAAUACCGUGGGGACUGGUGUAACGACCACUUCCUCCAUGUUAAGGGUCUCCGUAAGGCUCGAGAAGUCCGGUCACAGCUGCUGGAUAUACUGAAAACCCUGAAGAUCCCGCUGACAUCAUGCCACAUGGAAUGGGAUGUGGUGAGGAAGGCCAUCUGCUCAGCAUACUUCCAUAAUGCCGCGAGGUUGAAAGGUGUCGGGGAGUAUGUCAACUGCCGGAACGGGAUGCCAUGCCACCUGCACCCCAGCAGCGCCCUCUACGGACUUGGUUACACCCCAGACUAUGUUGUCUACCACGAGCUUGUCCUGACGACCAAAGAGUACAUGCAGUGCGUCACCGCAGUUGACCCACAGUGGCUGGCAGAGUUGGGCCCCAUGUUCUUCUCUGUGAAGGAAACCGACACCUCGCUCCUCGACCAUAAGAAGAGGCAGAAGGAGGACAAGACUGCGAUGGAGGAGGAGAUGGAGAAUCUGAGGCAAGAACAAGCCGAGGCUGCGCGUCUCGAGAAGGAGCGGGAGCGAGAGAAGAGGGCUAAGCAGCAGCAGCCAGUCGCUAUGCCGGGCUUGAAGAAAGGCUCGACAUACUUGAGGCCCAAAAAAAUGGGUCUAUAGAUGAGAAGCUUGAUGAAACUUUUCAAUGUACUGUAAUUCGAGGGCUCGUGUACAAAUACAGCUACGCUGACUCCUGAGCUUUUGUAGUCUGUAUCAUACAUGUGUAACGCAUAUAAAUGUGAAAAAAGAGGCAUCCUAACUGAUUUUGGCCAUUUGGCGAUUCUAAAACGCUGUAAUGAUCGUUGCCCUGUGUUAAAACCAACCCCAACAGCUAUCAUGC